AUGAAAAAAAUAGCGAGCAUUAAGAUUUCAAGACCCACUAUUAAAGCAUCAAAAAUUACCAUGGCAUUUGAAGAAUCUCAUGCCCUAAAAUCAAAAGAUGGCUCGAAAAGGAGUAAAUCUCAUAAUUCAGCUCGACAAGUAAAGAAUAUUUAUAUAGAAGAAUUGAAAAUAAAAAAUAUACCUUAUAUUUCUACAUCAGGAUUUAAACCUGCAUGGAGGGCUUUAUUGCAAUUUGAUGACGAUGAACCAUUGUCUCAGUUAUCUUCACGCGACAAAAAGUUCUCUUCAAAGAUAGUAAAAAAUACAACUGAAAAAAUAGCACAUUUUCAAGAAAAUAAGCGUCUUAUUCUCUCAAUGAAAUUUGCUAUGAAUUAUUUGCAAUUAAAUAGUGUUCUCGAAUAA